AGAAGGACCAGGGAAGAGGUCCAGCAAGUGCUCCAGGAGUAAACAGUGGCAGAGUGGUUGUGGGAGCUGGGAACUGGGAGCUUCCGCAAGGGGAUCAUCACCAAGCUUGUUGCUGUGAGAAGGCAGUCCUGUGGGCGGCCUUCCUCAAGUUGCUCGCGUUUCCAGUGGAACGGCGUACUGCGGACGUGCUCUGUGAGCUGUCCUUCAUUGAGCCCUGUGGGCGUCAGCUGUGUACACUCCAGGCUUUGCAGACAGACUGCCGGCACUCCAGAAGUAAACACACCGGCAGCUCGGCAAAGCACAAUUGCCCCGUCAUCGCUUUUGUCCAGUCAAUUAAAGCAAGAGACGCUGCUCGGUUGUGGGCGGAAAUCCAGCCUGCAAACCAGACCUGGGCAGAGUUUGUUCUAGCUUUCAACGAGGAGUACGGCGUACACAAUCGGGAGAAGCUGUGGCUUGACAUGCUGAACAAGCGUCAAGGCACAUCCUCGGUGGGUGAAUAUACAACAGACAUGUUACGCUUCUUUAUUCUGCUUGACAUUCCUGAGAAUGAACGUGUGCGCAACGGUGGCUCGCUAGAGGUUCGUGUCAACAUGGCGAGCAGCCCUCGUGGUGCUUGCGCGAAAGUACACAAGGAGCUCAUCCAACUUGGAGGCAAAGAUGGAUGCCAGGAGUUCAAACCCUCCAAGUUGGAUCCAGAGACAUGCAAGGGCUGCGAGUGUGACAGGACCUUCCACGAGAAGCUGAAGGUGGGGCCUGCGCAGCAGCCUGUGGGAAAGGAGACCGCUGGUGCACAACCUUUGCCCAAAGGGGGCCACCUUUCCGAGGGGGAGGACGAGGAAGUGCUGAUGUUCGAGCAUCCUCCAAAGAAGGUCAAGCUGGAGGGAGAGAAGAAAGAUGGGGCGGCUGGCGGUCUACAGUGUCCUGACGUCACCCGGAAGAGCUUUAAGGCGCUGACCAGUAAGCGGCCAUUUGAGAAAUAUGGGGAGUAUGAGUUGAAGAUCAAUGCUGAGGGGGGAAAGCCGGUUUGGGCGGUGUGGUGCACGCCAUGCGGGAAGUUUUUCAAGCCCAAUUCCAGCAAUGGCACGCUCAAGAAUUUCGAGGGCCACCUCUCCGGGGCCACUCACGAGGCAUCUCUGGCCAAGGCUGAGAAGAAGGGGAGGGAGGAUGCUGAGAAGGCUGCAACUCUCCUGGCAAAGCGGACCGCCAUGGUGGAGAAACACGAGAGCGACGGUGCUGUCCUGGUCGUUGAGGAGAACUGGCGGUGCACGCUUUGCUCCUUCAGCGGCACCUUUGGCGGGGGGGACACUAUUGCCAACCAUGUCAGGGGUCAGCUUCACCAAGCCGCUGUAGCGGCAGCAGUUAAGGGGAAGCCAGCUGCCCAGAGGAGCAUUGCCGAUGUUUGGAACGUCGCCGCAGCAGAAGGGCGCGUCCAGUAUCCUUUGGGCCAUGCACCUAGCAUCUCCGACAUUCCGUCAGCCCAGCGGCGUGAGCACUUUGCGGCAAUGUGCUGCCAUGGCUUCUAUGCAAAUGAGCUCAAGCUUGGGGAUGAGGUCGUGUCGAUCGCAAGUCUGAAGAACGAUCUGCAUCGGGGGGGGGAGUGGUAUACCGAGCCGGAGUACAUCUUUCAGACUGCUGAGGGGGUCACCGUUGUUGGCACUUUUUGCCAUGUUGACUGCGAACGCUAUGACUGCACAAAGUGCCCCUUGAUUCCACGCUGUCCAGACUUUUGGAGGAGGGUGGAAAGAGCAGCGAAAGCGGAGCUAACGAGGGGGGAGAGGGUUUGUGAGCCAGGGGUGGGGUUUGAGAACCUGCAGCGGGGGGAGUUGAUAGAGUCCCUCAGAGAGUUCCAAAAGCGAUGCCACAGUCUCAGACAGGAGGCUUUCUAUUUGAACUCUUCUCUCACACGUCUUCGAAAGUCUGUCGUGUCUGUUUCCGGAAAGGUGGAGGAAGCGUUGCAUAGUGGUGAUCCCUCUCAGUUGGCCGAGAUGGUUCGGCGUGCGUGUGAUUUGGGCGCGUUCAGUGGGCGGACUCAAUUGUAUAACUUCCUUCUUGACCUCGCAAAGAACCUUGUUAGCGUGACAAAGCAUGAUGGGGACGCAAGGGGAAAGCGCUAUCACAAGAGUACAGUCCUGAUGUUUGAGACGCUUGCGCGCUUUGGCGGACCUCUGGCUCACAAUUUUGCCUCGCUCAACCUUCUUGGGCCUGUUCUAAACACAUCUCUUGCCCAGUAUCGCAAGGAAGCCUUCCACUUCCCUCCAGUCCUUUGCGAAUUGCCCUUCGAGCAGGCUGCCAAAGUGUUGUCAGCUCAUAAGCAGCGUCUUGGUAUUUCAGGACAUGUUCCAAUCGAGUGUAGCGAGGAUGAAACUGCCUCAAUCAGACUGGCCACCUGGCAUCGGGCUUCAGACACGAUAGUGGGGUUUUGCGGAGAACUUCCUGCGGGUUCUGGAGUGCAUUCCUGUUCCUUUGACUGCCAGCCCUCUGCCAGCUCACUCGAGAGCAUUCAACAGGCUUUCAAAAACCUGAAAGUGGGGUCGAUGUCCCGCCUUCUUCUUCUGAAUCCACUAGUUGUGGGGCUCCCACGCCUCGUGUACGCCUUCUUGCCUACCUGCAAUAUGUUCUCGGCAGCCCAAGUGAUGGAGCAGUGGAAAGUUGUGCGCGGCUUUCAUGGAAGUCAUUUGUCUGACAUUGGGCCUCUGAUUUCGCACGCCUCUGACGGCGACAAGCGACGGGUUAGGUGCAUGCUGUCCAGCAUAGGUCGGGGCUCUUACGGUCUUGACCACCCCACCUUUGUGAUGAAAGCCGAAGUCUCCUCUGCUGGUCCAAUCCUGAUGAACCAAGAUCCAAAUCACAACGCUAAGAAGUUGCGAAACUCCAUCCUGAGCUCAACUCGAAACGUAUUCUGGGGUUUGCAUCUUGCUACCAAGAACCACCUAGCCCUUGUUCGAGAGCACUUUACAAGAGAUCAGCAUGGGCUUUUGGAAGAAGACGUUGACGUUAAAGACAAACAGAAUACGGCCGCUGCCCAUCGGCUUGCGUUUCCAAAAGUCAGAGCUUGUCUCGAGAAGGUGUGCGAGGGUUUCGUAGCGACCAAUGGCACUUUCGUGCAGGAGGAUUGUACAGGCACCAUUGCGCAUCUUCUGGUUUUGGGGAUGUAUCUUGAUAUCUUCUUCGGCGCGGGAACACUUUUUGAGCGCAUCAAGAGUGCCUCUUUCGUUGUCCACAUGCUUUUCUUUGCUUCCGAGUUUAUCCGGCAUCGGGGUGCUGGGCACACGUUGAAGGAAAACUGGGUCACUCGCGAGGCGCAGCUGGAUAUGCUCAUUUCCUGCCACGCUGCUGUCAAUCUCAUCCGCCUUAUGCGCGACCGCUUCCCUCACCUUCCUGUCGCUCUUCACUUAUUUGGGACAGAAUGCUGUGAGGAAACCUUCUCGUUGAUUGGGCAAGCGGUUGUUAACAAGCAUAAUUACACUUACGGGGAGGCUCUGGAGCGGUUGUCGCAUAUUGGGCGGACCGCUGCCGUCCAAGUGGACGCGGACUCUCCCUUGUUUGCGUCCAAUCGAAGGCGUAAGAAUCUGUGGCACGAGGGCACUGAGCAGCCAGUGCCGACGGAUCUGACGGCGGUCUUGAGCGACUACGCCUCUGUGAGCGAGCCAAAGGCGCUAAGAGCGUGGGAGCUUGGGUUGGAGUCCGCAAGGGAGAGGGCAUCUAGCCUGGGCAUGCGAGAAGUCCUGGAGGCGGCGAGGAAGUGGGACUCGCCGGUUCCUUUCACUUUGCGCGAAGCUGUCGCCGCUGUGGACUUGUUGCGGACGGAGGAGGAUGAAGGUGAAGAAGCUGGCAGCUCUGAAGCGACCACCGCCGAUGCUGGAGACGCGGCUAGGCUGCCGGACGAUGCAAUCGACGUGCGCGCGGCGGUGUUGGACGCCGCCCAGCAGCUUGGCGAUGAAGAGGGAGACACGGCGGAGGUGGACGGCGGUCGGGCUGCACACGGGAAGGUGCCGUCAACGGUUGACGUUCCUGGGAAAGGGCCCGUGUACAAGAUGCGAGUCAUCUCGGAGCUCAACAAGCACCCGGGGAGUUUGCCGCUAGAUUGGCUGAGGCGAGUUCAGGUGCGCGACACACCGGAGAACACCACCGGUGCUGAUGGCGGCGGAGGCGAGGAGGUUGGACUCUUUGAUGUCGUCGCCGUCUACUUCGUCAACGGUCCGCUUGCGGAAGCGGACUCCCACCAGUGGUACCUCGGGCGCAUCCAGAAGAUGUUCAAGAAGUAUGCUACGGGUGCGCGUGUCGACUAUGUUCUGCCGGUGUCUCUUGGCGACGAGCGGGACCCGGCAGUCCACCUGGUCCUCAAGUACUUUACGCGAACAGGGACCAAGACCUUUGUGUAUGGCGGGCAGGAGGCGGCUGGCGAGGCCGACCCAAUCUCGUUAGGGUCAGUAAUAGGGAACGCAGACCUGCGAAAAGAUGAUCAAGGGUCCGCGUACACCUUGUCAGAUAGCGAUCUGCGGGCGUUUGAGGCAUUUGUCGCUAACGAAGUUCGGAGUCAACAAUUGGCAGCGGGAAGGAGGGCUCGGCCCCCUCCCGGGUCCCAAGCCGCAGAAGCACAGUCUCGGGCAGUGGCUGGUACGUCGACAGACUGUUUGCACAUCAGAAACGGACACGUCCAAAAGCGGCUCAAACAGCCGGGCGUGACGCUACUGGCGGAGAGCAGCAACCCCCUGCAAAGAAGGGAAGACCUUCUGAUCCGCCGCGUACAAGUUGUUUCGAACUCCGACCAGGAAGUCUACUCCCAAGAGCCGGCACAAAAGGCCGACUACACCGUGGAGGACGUCCAGCGCAUCGUGUCAGAGAUCACCUUCGGCAAAACUUUGACACCCUCUGAGCGGCAAGAGCUUGAAGACGUCAUUCGACGUCGGAUCACCAGCUUCAGCCGUUACAAAGAUCAGUCAAUGAAAUUCGGCGUCCCUCGUGUGACGUCAUCUGACACGCCACCAGCCAACAUCACCAUUUCGACUGAAAAGCGGACCGGACUGCCAACCACAGCGGAUCCUGCGGCCAAGAAGCAAAAGCUUCCUGAGGACGCCAAACCUUCAGACGUUGCUGCUGGUCGUGUCUGA